CCGCACCGAACCGCACCCCGGGUCGAGGGGCGUCGAUCGUCCGAAAAACCCCUUCUCCUAGCGCCGAUCGCGACGAAAUGAGGCAAAGCCCCCCGGGAGCUUGACGCAACGAAGAGAGCCGUGAAAGUUCCCCGCGUUGGCGCGAAACCCGGCGCGUCAGUGCCGCAGGAAGGAUUAGUGAUCGCAAUCGGGGAGGAAAAACGGCGGAGGAGACCGACUCGCGGCCGGUCCUCGUAAAUAUGUAACGAACGAUGUAAGCGCGGUCGCCGAGGCGAAGAAAGCGAGAAGCGAAGCGGGGAAAAGAAAUCUAAUCGAUCGGCCGUCUCAAGAGCCGCGUCGAGUUUCGAUCCACCUCGAGGGUCGACCUUUUCCGCGGUGUCGAAAAUUCCGCCCGGAGUCUCCUCGGCGAUGCUCAAGAGCGCGACGAGUCCCGGCCCGGUUGUAAGGAAAACGCUAGUCCGCCCGGUAAUCGAUAUCUCGCGCAAUUAGCGUCAAUUUGUCUCGGCCGAGUCCUAACUCGACCCGCGACGAUACCCUCGGCGUUAUCGGUCGAGGCUCGCCUCCCUCGCGAAUUUAUCGCGCCGGUGUCCCGAGGCCGCGUCGCUGGGUCGAUCGCGCCUCGGAAGCGGGAAUCUCGCGAGCCGUCCGAGAGAGAGAAGAUCGGUAAAAAAAAAAUAUAUUGUUAUCAUCUCUCGAUACGUUCGAAGGGUUCCAGGGGAAUUUCCGGCCUCGCGCUGAGCACGGCGCCGAGAAUCGAGGUAACCGAGUCGCGAGACUUAACCUCUGAAUCGGGCGACCAGGGGAACCGAUCUCGAGAUUUCUUUAGCCUUUCGAUGUCUAGAUAAAUUUAUCUACCCCGGCCGGACAAUAUCUAUACGUACGCGCGUUCGUCCCGUAUAAACGUUUAUAGGGAAAAAUAUAUAUAUAAAUAUAUAAAUAAUUAUAUAGUCGAGUCAUAUGCUCGUUACGAUCGGUCGGACCGCGUUGAUCACGGUGACGGUGUCGAGUCGAAAAGCGCGCGCUUCGGGUCGAGCCAAUCGUCCCCCGGUCGAGGAGAAAGGCUCGAGAUCGGCGUUCGAGGUCGGACGGGCCCCGGGUCCAAGGGAAAGCGGACACGCGAUUGGCCGGGAUGUACAAGGAGCGGAACGGCUCGGCGAGCGGCGGAGGUUCGGGGGCCGGCGGCGAGGUGGAGCUGGUGAGCAGGUUCCUGGCGCCAUUGUGCGCGAGGGAUGAAGCCGCCAGGAACAUCGCUCUGGCCGCGGCCAGGACCACGGUGGAGGGAUGGCUCGGGGGGGUCGGCAGCCCUAACCAAUGGGAGGACGCCUCGGAGAUGGAGGACAACGCGAACGAGCCCGGCAAGUUCAAGGGCCAGGACGGCAGGUACGACAUGAGCGUGGAGAGGUCGCCGUCCAAGUCGGCCCCGAAGAACGUCCACGGCUCGAGGAGUCCCCUGCUCCAGGACACCUUCCGGACGGAAGGAUUCUUCCCCCAGAGCGUCACGGAACAUCCGGCCUUCCCGAAGGAGGCCAGCCUGGAGCCGAGCGACCGGUUCUCCUCGGGGUCCUUCGACGCGGUGGACGGGCGGUUCGGGAACGAGGCCAUCCUGGGGAUCCCCGGCGACAGGAGGCUCUUCCUCGCGGAAGGGGCCGAGAAGUUCGGCCACUCCGCCUCCUCGGACGAGGGGAAGGACUCGAAGCUCCUCGAGGCCAGAUGCCUCCGGCCGAAGGACUCGGAUUCUCGCUCCAAGGACGAGUCGAGGUUCGGCUCGUCCACCGAGAGCGAGAGGAAGUUCCUGGCGUCCUCCAUCGAGCAGCUCAACGAGUACGAGGAGAAGUUCCGGGCCCCGAGGGACGUCAAGACGGUCAAAGUCAAGGGCGCCAAGCAAAAGGUGGAGGACGACGAGCCGGACUCGGACACCAGGGUCUACGGGAAGAGUCCCAAGUUCGACGAGAACUUCGGCGCCCUCGGGAAGACCCCCUUCACCGGAGAGCACUACGAGGGCUGCAACGCGGCCUACGUGGCGAGGAAUCUGACCAACAUGGAUUUCGGCUUCUCCAACCUGCGGCGGACUCGGGGAAGCCAGGGAACCGGCAUCGACGACGAGCUGCCCUCCGUCGAUGGGGUCGUCUUCAAUACCCUCGACGGAUUCGAGAACGAGAACAUGAACCUGGAGGACCCCGAGUGCUUGGGGUUCAACGACAACGAGGAGAUCAAGGCGGAGCAGCUCCAGUUCCAUCCGGAGGUGCCGCAGGACUAUCUGCGGAAUACCGAGAGCGACAGAAAGUUCAGCGCCGGUCAGAUCAAACGUCCCCUGUCCCAGGACGAGGACGUUUCCCCGAAGAGCAACAGGGUCCUCGAGAGCCCGGAAGUCAGCCCCGGCGACGUCGGCAGGAUGCUCAACUUGGGUAACGCCCUGGACGGACCUCGGCAAACCCAGGCGAAUAAAUAUCUCAGCCUGGUGACUCUCCAUCUCCCGGUUAUUUUGAGGCUCAGCGUCAAUUGUCCCUUCCAGAAUGUCAGGAUCAAGUGCGCCGAGAUCCUGCAAAUGGUCAAGGAUCGGGGACUUCCGGUGCCGGAACCUGCCUUCGACGGACCCAGCGCGUUCGUGCCGACAUCGGAGGUUGAAGCGGACCAGGAAAAGCCGAAGGGCCCGAUUCCGUCGUCACGUACAAGCGGAGGGAAUUCCGCGGGACAUCCCGAGGGUCCCGACUACUUUCCGCGUUGCCGAGUGAUCGUCGAGCUUGGACGAGUAGUCCUUCUUCGAAGAUGAAUCGGAUGCUGUUGCAGGAGCCCGGGUGGAAGUUGGACCGGAAGGGAUCGGCCCUUUUCUUGAGGAGGGACAGCUCGCACCUGAAAGCGGCUCGCGUGUGUUUCCGGUGCGACGUGGAAGUUCGCGAGUUCGAGAGG